GUGCAAACAAGUGUGCUGUGUGGAUAACACUCGGUGACAGAAGCCAGCUCAGCUCAGCGAAGCAGAUAUAAACCGAGAAGGGCAAACUCAUUCAGAGGGCGUCUUCGGGACCAUGGAGAAUGGAUUUACAUAUGAAGAUUAUCAAGACACUGCAAAAUGGCUUCUGUCUCACACCAAACACCGACCUCAAGUGGCAGUGAUCUGUGGUUCUGGGUUAGGAGGUCUGAUUAACAGAUUAACUCAAGCCCAGACCUUUGACUACAGUGAAAUACCAAAUUUUCCCAAAAGUACAGUGCCAGGUCAUGCUGGUCGACUGGUGUUUGGGAUCUUGAAUGGCAGAGCCUGUGUGAUGAUGCAGGGCAGGUUCCACAUGUAUGAAGGCUACCCGCUCUGGAAGGUGACAUUCCCAGUGAGGGUUUUCCGGCUUCUGGGUGUGGAGACCCUAGUGGUCACCAAUGCGGCUGGAGGGCUCAACCCCAACUUUGAGGUUGGCGAUAUCAUGCUGAUCCGUGAUCACAUCAACCUACCUGGUUUCAGUGGUGAGAACCCUCUCAGAGGGCCCAAUGAUGAAAGGUUUGGAGUUCGUUUCCCUGCCAUGUCUGAUGCCUACGACCGGGACAUGAGGCAGAAAGCUCACAGUACCUGGAAACAAAUGGGAGAGCAGAGAGAGUUACAGGAAGGCACCUACGUGAUGGUGGCGGGCCCCAAUUUUGAAACUGUGGCAGAGUGUCACCUGCUGCAGACACUAGGGGCAGAUGCUGUUGGCAUGAGCACGGUACCAGAAGUUAUAGUCGCAAGACACUGUGGACUUCGAGUCUUUGGCUUCUCACUCAUCACAAACAAGGUCAUCUUGGAUUAUGAGAGCCAGGGGAAGGCCAAUCACGAGGAAGUACUAGAGGCCGGGAAGCAAGCUGCUCAGAGAUUGGAGCAGUUUGUCUCCAUUCUUAUGGCUAGCAUUCCACUGUCCCAGCACGCCAGUUAACCAGCCCCGGCGUGGGUUGGCCUCUCCAUUAUGGGAUCUGAGGAGCUGCUACCUACUUCAGCCCUUGCUGGAGUCACGUGCCUCUGCCUUAGUUGGCGGCAGAAAGGAGGGUCACCUUCCCUGCUUCUCCCACCAGACCUUACUGCUGCUGAGCCCUCUUCUGGUCAGUUUGUCAUCUCAAAAUGAUUUCCACUCCUAUUCCUCUUCAAGAACUGGAGCCCAAGCCCCAGCACACAUCCAGAGAUUUGGUUUGGGGCCCUCAAACUCAGACAGUAACUAUUACUGGCUUAAGAUGGUCCUGUCACAUUCCU